AGGGUUUUAAAGAUCAUUUCUCUCUUGCAGUCCUCAUCGUUGGAGCAUAGCAGCCGAAGGCCACAAGAAGAAGGAGAAGAAUGUCUCACAGGAAGUUUGAGCACCCAAGACACGGUUCUCUUGGUUUCCUUCCAAGGAAGAGAGCCAACCGUCACAGAGGAAAAGUGAAGGCUUUCCCUAAGGAUGACCAAACCAAGCCGUGCAAGUUCACAGCUUUCAUGGGUUACAAGGCUGGUAUGACUCACAUUGUCAGAGAAGUCGAGAAACCUGGAUCCAAGCUUCACAAGAAGGAGACAUGUGAGGCUGUUACCAUCAUUGAGACACCCGCUAUGGUUGUUGUUGGAGUUGUUGCCUAUGUUAAGACCCCAAGAGGUUUGAGGUCUUUGAACACUGUCUGGGCACAGCACUUGAGUGAGGAGGUUAGGAGAAGGUUCUACAAGAACUGGGCCAAGUCUAAGAAGAAGGCUUUCACUGGCUACGCCAAGCAGUAUGAAAAUGAGGAGGGUAAGAAGAGCAUUCAGGCUCAGCUUGAUAAGAUGAAGAAAUACGCUACUGUCAUCCGUGUUUUGGCCCACACUCAGAUCAGGAAGAUGAAGGGAUUGAAGCAGAAGAAGGCACACAUGAUGGAGAUCCAGAUCAAUGGUGGUACCAUUGCCCAGAAGGUUGACUUUGCCUACAGUUUCUUUGAGAAGCAGAUCCCAAUUGAAGCUGUUUUCCAGAAGGAUGAGAUGAUUGAUGUCAUUGGUGUGACCAAGGGUAAGGGUUACGAAGGUGUUGUUACCCGUUGGGGUGUUACCCGUCUCCCCCGUAAGACUCACAGGGGUCUACGUAAGGUUGCUUGUAUUGGUGCGUGGCAUCCUGCCAGAGUGUCCUACACUGUUGCUAGGGCUGGUCAGAAUGGUUACCAUCACCGUACUGAGCUCAACAAGAAGAUUUACAGGUUGGGCAAAGUUGGUACUGAGGCACAUUCAGCCAUGACUGAAUAUGACAGGACUGAGAAGGAUGUGACACCAAUGGGAGGAUUCCCACACUACGGAAUUGUGAAGGAUGACUACUUGAUGAUCAAGGGAUGCUGCAUGGGUCCUAAGAAGAGAGUUGUAACUCUGAGACAGUCAUUGCUCACUCAGACUUCCCGUCUUGCCAUGGAGGAGAUCAAGCUCAAGUUCAUCGACACUUCCUCAAUCUUUGGACAUGGUCGCUUCCAGACCACCCAGGAGAAGAUGAAGUUUUACAAUCGUGUCAAGCAGUAAGAAGUGUCGUUGAGUUAAUCACAUUUCUUCUUAGAAAGUUUGAUGUUUGGUAUCAGUUGCUACUUGUCUAAGAGAGAUUAUUAUCCUUUAAACAAUCCAAUCCAGUUUUUGUUGCUUGUUCUAGUUUUUGCUAUUUUGGAAGACAAAUUAUUUGCUUCUCAAGUUUUGAGUCUUUGAGUUA